AUGGCGCUGCAAUAUUUGUCCUGGAAAUAUGUUGCCGCAGUCCUCCUCGCUAUUUACAUCGCAUCCGUACAGAUCAGGAGAUACAUAACGUGGAAGGGAAUCCAGAAGCUAGGAGGGGAAUCUCCCAGGAUCAAGACACGAGUCUUCUACGGCCUUGAUUUUCCCUUCUAUUCUACGCGCGCCGGCCGCAGAAACCGAUCUGUGGAGUUUUUUGACUGGAUCUACGAGCAUACUGGCACUGACAGCAGUGGGACAGGAACAUAUACGAGUGAGCUUCAUAUACUGGAAAACGCCAGGGUGAUCUUUACGGCGGACCCUGAGAAUAUAAAGGCGCUUCUCACCACACAAUUCCAGGACUUUGGGAAAGGAGAACAAUUCCAUGCCGAGUGGAAGGAUUUCCUAGGAGACAGUAUCUUCACUACGGAUGGACAACUCUGGCACAACUCGCGACAAUUGCUGAGGCCAAUGUUCAUCCGCGAAAAAGUGGCAGACUUGGACCUUAUCGAAAAUCAUGUCCGCAAGCUAAUAUCACUGAUUGGGCCUGGGGACGGCAAGAUGGUUGAGUUGCACAAACUCUUCUUCCGCUUCAGUCUCGAUGCGUCGACACAUUUCUUGUUUGGACACAGCGUGGGUAGUCUGGAUGAAGAACAGUCAGCCUUUGCAGCUGCUUUUGAUGAAGUACAAAGGGUGCAAGCCAUAGAGGGCAGGCUUGGGCCCUUCAGAUACUUCCACUCGAAGAAAUCCUUCUACGAUGGUAUCAAGCUUGUGGAAGACUUCAUCGAGCCUUUCACUAGAGAGGCAUUAGCCAUGUCUCCCGAUGAGUUGGAGUCAAAACUGUCAAAGACGGAUAAUUUCAUUCAAGCUCUGGCACGCUUCACAAGAGAUCCCAAGGUCAUGCGUGAUCAACUAUUUGCUCUCCUUCUUGCGGGACGAGAUACAACUGCCAGUACUUUGUCCUGGCUGUUCUUAGAGCUGUCGAAGAAUCCACGCGUGGUCAACAAGCUGCGAGCAGAGAUCAGGGAAUUCUUGGGUGAAGGGGGGCAGCCGCCAUCAUACCAGAAUAUUAAGGAUAUGAAGUACCUCAACUACACAAUUAACGAAACGCUGCGAUUGUACCCAGUCGUCCCAUUCAAUGUCCGGACCUCGCUAGUCGACACUUCAUUGCCAAGGGGUGGAGGUCCCAAUGGCCAAGGGCCUGUAGGCUGUCUCAAGGGUACCCCAGUCGGCUACAGUACGCUUCAGAUGCAGCGCCGGAGGGAUCUGUAUCCGCCAUUGUCUCCAGAAUUCCCUUACGAUCCUCUCGAGUGGGUGCCAGACAGAUGGGCCACGUGGACGCCCAAGGCCUGGAAUUUCAUCCCAUUCAAUGGUGGGCCCAGAAUCUGUAUUGGACAACAAUUCGCAAUGGUCGAGAUGGGAUACACCAUAGUCAGGAUUUUGCAGGAGUUUGAGCAAUUAGUGGACUAUGGCAAUGACCGGGCCCAGCACACGGCUAUCGUUUUAACGCCGGCGAACGGUGUCAGAGUGGGAUUCCUGAAGUCAGCGAGAUCAUCGGAGUGA